GAAGUGACGUGCUACGUGCAUUUGACUCUCGAGGGCGUUACGCAACUUGAACUCUGUCGGCCCAUCCGACGCAACGGGUGUCGCGCCUCCAUGAGGUCGUCCCCCAGCGCUCCCUUGAAUUUCUUGUUUGUCACUGCUUCGACGUUCUCGUUUCCAACACUCUCUUCGUUCAGCCAGCUCGUGGGCGAAUGGAGUAUGUCGUUGCACCAACCUCACCAGAAGCUGUCCUCUAGUCAUGCAGGUCCUUGAGUAUAGCGAUCGUCGUAUGAUACGAAGCUUCUACUCCUAGUCUGGUCUCGAAGCUGGAGUAACUCCGAUGCCUUGAUUAUUUCAGUUACGUUUCCUCUUAGUUAGAUAACAGCCCAAAGAUUAUGCUAUAUAUUGUCUCCUCGAGAGAGUUGCACACUGAUGGAUGGCAGGGCAGACACGUAGACGAGCAAAUCUUACUACUUUCAGCUGAUCGUGUUUGGAAUCCAAAGGAAUAUUUUGCUUUCAUGGGGUAUGAAAGGUUUUCAUAAUCGUUUGAAUCGCUUUUUCAGUAAUUUAA